UUUAUUUUCAUCAAGUUUUUAUAUAUUGAACAUUUUUAAUAUUUUUACAAAGAUUUUAGCUAAAUUUUUAUCACUAUGGAGGGAAUGAUUGAACAAGUUAUGUCUUUAUGUCCUGGAUGUGAGCGAGACGACGUCGAAAGAGAUUUAAAUAUAACAGGAGACGUUGAAAUGACCAUAAAUCACGCUUUGGAUGGCAUGGUAUGAUAAUUAUUUAUGGGUGUGUUUUGACAUAAAAACAAUAGUUUUAUAGUUUAUUGUAGUUUUUAAGGUGAAGGGUAUUGUUAGUAUAUUCCCGAAUGAGAGUAGUUAAAAAUAUAUAAUUAUAUAUUAAAAUUGAAUGCUUUAAUGUAGAAUUAUGAAGCAAAUUUAUGAGCAUUAAUUGCGCAUCAUUAAUACUAUUGGGUAAAAGUCCAACACAAUAUAAAUAUCGGACUCAAUGUACUGUAUGGAGGGUACGUAGAAUAGUGGGAUUCUAGUGUUGUUGUAUAACCACAGCUAAUUCAAAAAAGGUAGAUGCGGUACAGUCUGUAUGUAAACAAAGGCUUUGUUUACAUUUCGGUAUCCAAAAUAUUGAAUUUUAUUCGACAACUAUUUAUAUUUUCAUGAUUCUAGAGUAUAAUAAAUGAUUAAGAGACAACAAUCAAGCUUUGCAGGAACAUAAAAUGAAAUAAAAACCUAAAUAUACUGUUUGUAAAUAAAAAGAGGGCUCCUUUGUGCACAUGUGCAGAUCAGACUGUAACCAAAAACUUUACAGUCUGGAGCCUAGAUAAGAUGCAUGUUAUUGAUAUGUUGCACGAUUAUUAUAAUAUUUAUUGGUUAAUAUGAAAAUCUAUUUUUACAUUAUUGUAUAGUUGAGUUCAAGAAGUUCAUCAUUUGGUUCACCAAACCAAACUAACCCUGUAACCAUAGUGAUGGAUGACGAUGAUGAUGAUGCCAUGAUAAUGCCAUCUUCAAAAUUCACAAACAUUAAAAAAAGAAGCGAAACCAAGAAUGAAUCAACCACAAGUAACUUUAAUGCCACAGACCCAAGAAUAACUGUCAAGCCUAUUGAAAUUUCAAAAACAACAAACAAUGACCAUAAAAUAUCUUUUGAUCUCACAGACUCUGAUUCAGAAUUAACAGAUGCCUCGGUAACUUGUAGAAAAACUUUGGAAAGACUUAAAUCUAGUAUAAUUAAUUUGGAAGCUUCAACAUCAAAGGAAUCUGUGCCUUCGAGCCCAGAUUCAGACUCAGAAUUAUUGAAACCAGCUUUUGACUAUGAUCACACUCGGAGUACCAGUAAUAAUUUUUCAGCAAAGAUAUGUUCAAAAGGGAAUUUCUCAGAGACAGUUGUGAAUAAAAGUAAGGAUUGUCAUAUUGUCGAUUCUGGUGUGGAAAUGGUCAGGGGAUUUAAAGGGAGUUCAGAAUCAAUACAAGAUGAAGAAGAUGUUUGUUUGGACGAACCUGUAAAGAAGAAAAAAAGAACAAGGGAACAGGUUGAGGAAAGGAAGCGAGAAGCUAUAGUAGGUGGGCCCAGACCAGGGUUAUUCUUUUGUAAGCAAUUUUUGAUGGGCUUAUACAAGGGGGUUUAUAUAUGGGGAGGGGGGGGGCUUAUACAUGGACAAUCUUUUGUGUUAGUAAUAAACAAGUCAUUCAUAAACAGGAAAAUAAACAUGUAUUAAUAACAUGCUUUGAUUAACAUGGUAAGCUAUAAAGACAAUAUUUUUAAAUAGAUAAAAAUGCAUUUUUCAUACAACAUUUGUCGCAUCUGACAUUACAAAAUUGCCGACCUGGGAUGUUGACAAGUCUACAUUUAGGUUGGCAUUGCCAAAUGCGGACCUACCUUGUUUUCGAGGGCUGCUUUAUAUGAACAAAAGGAAUGUACGUAUGAUUCUACAUUACAUGCAGUGAAUGUUUGACAAAACAAUUUUAGUUAAAGAAAGCAGCGAAAGAGAAGGAAAGGCAAGAGAAACUUGAGGAAAAGAAAAGACAGAAAGAAGGUCGGGCAGCUGCCAUGCAAGAAAAGAAAUUGCAAAAAGAAAAGGAUCAGCUUCAGAAGAAGGUACCAGAUCAACCCAACAAUUCAAUGAUUGCAAACUUUUAAACUUGCAUGCCUUUUGUAACCAUGUACUAUAUAUGCUUGCUAGUAAUGUUCGAUUUUAAACAGCCCAAUCAUGCAGUUACCAUAUUACAAACCUCAAUUUAAAUACAGCCCUAAUCCUUGAGACAUUGCUGUUUCCAUCUGGAGACUCCCCAUGCCAUCCUUUCCUUUUGACUUACUGGUAAUUUUAGUGUAAUGUGCUUUAUUGUCUAGGCUGAACGGUUGACAAAGUCAGCGAAUAAACUUGGUGGCUGUAUGAAGGUAAAAUUCCUUAUAUAUGAUGUUUGUGAUGUUACUCUGAGUGUGCAUCCACACCGAGCAACCUGAAAAUUUUGUAAAGGAAACCCUGCCAUUUGAAAAGGGAGUUUUGCUAUUUGAAAAGGGAGUUUUGCUAUUUGAAAAGGGAGUUUUGCCAUUUGAAAAGGGAGUUUUGCUAUUUGAAAAGGGUGUUUUGCUAUUUGAAAAGGGUGUUUUGCUAUAUGAAAAGGGAGUUUUGCUAUUUGAAAAGGGUGUUUUGUUAUUUGAAAAGGGUGUUUUGCUAUUUGAAAAGGGUCAGGUUUUGCUAUUUGAAAAGGGAGUUUUUCUAUUUGGAAAGGGUGUUUUGCUAUUUGAAAAGGGUGUUUUGCUGUUUGAAAAGAGGGUUUUGGUAUUUGAAAGGGAGUUCUUGCGUUUGAAUUCCUUAUAUAUUAUUGUAUAAAUUAAAUAAUGGAUUACUCUGACAAAUUAUCCGAUCUCGGACGAUCUGUGCUUGUAUUAUUUUGCAGAUCGUUCUAUCUUUGUCAUUCGGUAUAAAGAGGGGUACAACCGUACGAGAGACAUUAUGCGUAUAGACAAUCAAUCAAUCAAUAAUUUAUUCAAAGUACCUACAAUAAUAUUGAGGCCCUUGCAGGAGAUCUGGAGGUUAACCCUAUAUAAAGAUCACCUUUACCUAUUACUAAGUUAAAAUACCUAAAUGUUAAAUUACAAGUACAUGUCCAUGUUCGACUUCAGUUCUCUUUUAAAUUCUCUAAUGUUAUUUACUUCUACAACCGAGCAUGGUAAACUGUUCCAGUCACUGAUAAUCCUUACAAAUAGUGAGUAUUUGUAACAAUUAAUUUUGGGUAGUUUAGGAUUAUCAAAACUACAAAUUAUCAUGUGUUGCGCAAAAUACAAACCAUUAAACGUAGUAGGCGCUUUCCAUUAACACGGCCAGAUCAGUCAAAUUGUUGAAUGGAACACGAAACGUUCGGGCUUCGGACCUAUCUGACCGGAAAACUUUGAUAAAAUUAGAAUGAGGUCCAUUUUCGCUAGAUAUUUCAGAAAAGUAGACCAGAUCUUUCUUGAUACAGAGUUCUGCUAAACCCAGUUUGAAGUUGCACUUGUUGUGGCUUGGAAUGCAGCCGUUGUAUCAAGACGUGAAAAUCAGUGAUUUGGCGUUGUAAACAGAGCGAGGACAAUGUCUAAAUUACUCAUAUAUUGUAAUUAUUCAAUUCUUUUCAAUGAUCUAGAUUGUAUUGGUAGCUGUUGCCGUCCUAAAAUCGUAAGAUCUCUUUUAUGGGGAAGAGAAAACGGGACGAACUAUAAAUUCUUGCUCAAAUUGUAACUUUUCUUAAUCUGUAGUUUAUCACGGCAUAUUUGGAUCCAGCUGUUUUCUCAGAGGAAGUACCUGACCCGGACACAAAUCUUAUCAUUCAAAAAUUGAUUUCAAUGGAAGCAAAUUACGUGAUCGCAUCUCAACCUUAUCCAGGAAGCGUGUCGUGGCAGAGAACAUCCGUGCAACACUCUGUCCAAGAAGGCGAGCUCAAGGUAGAGUUCUAUGUCCUUGGAUCAUAUGACCUUGUGUGAGAAGAAUGCAGUAUGGCUUUAUCAAACACUGCGUGUUUUUCGGUGUCCUCCUGUGGUAACAUUGGAUCAGUGAGGGAUGACUGGACCUCUAGGAAGAACAGUUUAGAAUUGAUAGAGCUAUCCAGUAUAAAUAAAGUUAGUUUAGUUUAGGUUUCCUCUUGUAGUAACACUGGAUCAAUAAGAGAUGAUCCUUACUGGACCUCUAGGAAGAACAGUUUAGAACUGAUAGAGCUAUUCAGUAUAAAUAUAGUUAGUUUAGUUUAGGUUUCCUCCUGUAAUAACACUGGAUCAAUAAGAGAUGAUCCUUAAAGGACCUCUAGGAAGAACAGUUUAGAACUGAUAGAAUUAUUCAGUAUAAAUAAAGUUAGUUUAGUUUAGGUUUCCUCCUGUAGUAACACUGGAUCAAUAAGAGAUGACUCUUACUGUACCUCUAGGAAGAACAGUUUAGAACUGAUAGAGCUAUCCAGUAUAGAUAAAGUUAGUUUAGGUUUCCUCCUGUAGUAACACUGGAUCAAUAAGAGAUGACACUUACUGGACCUCUAAGAAGAGCAAUUUAGAACUGAUAGAGCUAUUCAGUAGAAGCUGGUACUCAUUUGUUUAUCUCAUACUGAACGAAUGUUUCUUUAUUCCUGUACAGAUCACGACAUCUGACUGUCGCCAAGAAGAAAAUGAAGUACUAGUUGUUCUUGCUGCUGAACAGUUUGCAGAAAUGGUGUUCUCUUUCAAACAGGUUAAGAGCAUUUAAUUACGAAGUGUGUGAAAUGUCUCACUAACAAAUUCUACACUAGCUACAUUGGUAUUGCAUGUACUCUUGACAUCCAUUUCACUAAAUCAGACCACAGACUUAAUAAAAUAAGUUUAGUUUAGUUAAUAAAGUAAGUUUAGUUUAGGUUUCUUCUUGUAGUAAAAACGAUCCGCCUUUACCAUUAGAGAGAACUUGUAAAAACUGAAGAGUUAUUUCUUCAGGGUUAUGUAGGCGGCCAUGAUAAUCUCGAGGAGCGGCCCGAAACACUGGUGGAUUUUACAAAAUAUGUGAAGAAUAUUUAUCGUGGAAAGAAAGUCACUUUUCUUGUGAAUGGACUAGAGAAAUAUAUGAGGUAAUUGAAAUGUAUGUAUAAUCUUGAAAGUACUGUACUUGUCAUUAGUUUAAAAUAUACAAGUUUAUCUCGUUGGAGGUAAAUGCUAUAUACACUUAGCACUGUGCAAUCUAAUUUUCUUUAGAGAUGUUACAUUAAAACAAAAGAGAGCUUUCCGUAAUGCGGCAGUGGGUGAGCCCGCUGUAGAAGAUGGUACGCGGAAGAGACGUAAGAAGAAAAUACAGGCGGUACUUGAUGUAACUAGAACUGAUAUUGAAGAGGCGCUGGUAGAUUUACAAAUAAAAACAGACAUUUGUGUUUAUCAAUGUGAGACGGAUGAAGAUGUUGCUCUGAAGAUUGCAGUGUUUACAAAAGCUGUUGCAGAAAGACCUUACAAGUAUGACCUACAGAUCAUAACAGACUGUACGGUUUAAUACAUUCUAGAGAGCUCUCGUUGGCCUCGUUUUCAUGUGACUAUUUCGUCAUGUUUCCCGCACAAUACCUUCAAGAAAUAGGUCUCUGAUUGCAUUGCCAGAUCUUGAGGGGAGGUGUGGGAAGGUGCGCACCUCUCUUGAGAUCGUUUUGCACCUCCCCUGAAAAGUCAUGCACCUCCCCUUGGGAAAGAUUCAAUGAUAGAUCAACGUGUUAAUUUGACAUUUGUGGUUGCUUUGGUUGCUUACACUUAGUAAGAAUUGAAACAGUGAUAGCCAGUAUAGAUAUGGGAAGAACAGAAAAGUGAUCCACUCGCCUCGGCGGCUCGUGAGCCACUUUUUUGUUUUUCCACAUUAUGACGUCAUAGUGUGUAUCUAUAACUGAACAGACAACGAAAAAAUUGUAUCUGUUUGGUAAAUGAAUAAUGUCCGAGCCAGAGGCUUUUGUCGUACAAGUAUUCCACAACUAAGGCAUACACUGGGAAAAAAUGUGAAAUCCAUACUUUGACAUUUACAAUUGCACCACUAAAUCCACAGUAUAUCCAAGCCAUUUAUAUGCUAUAUCCAUAGUAUGGAAAUAUACAAUUAUUAUGGAUAAUCAAAAUCCAUGCUAUUUCCAAUAAAGGUCCAUACAAUUUCCAUUCUAUGACCUAUGGAUUUUCAAAAUUUUUCCAGUGCUAAGGGUAUGUUUUGGUCAGUUCACCAUUACUGUUUUUUUUUUACAUUUUUCGUGAUUUUAAUUAACUUAAUUUUUUCCGCAGGAAAUCGUUAUCCGACGGAAUUGGGUUCUGUUUGGAUCGGCUGGACAAAACGUCUCUUAAGGUUGGCUAAACAAUAUAUCUGUUAAACGUUCGUUGAAUGGAGGGAUAAGAAUGAACAUAAUUUUAAUGUUAUAGUAAUAAUCUCAAUUAUUUCCUAGGUAUCGAAAGAUGGCCAGGGUAUGGUGAACGUUUGGCAACAACAGAUACAACAAUUUCGAAACGUUUCUCGUGAAAUGGCCACCGCAAUCGUAGCUGAGUAUCCCUCGCCACAACUCUUGAAACACACCUACGAACAAUGUCAUUCUCUACAAGAUGCUAUGUUGCUGCUUGAAGAUAUUUUGGUAUGUUUCAACUAAACUAACUUAUUUAUACUGG